CCCAGAAAUGCAGCAAUCCUCUCCCCUCUCCCCUUCCUCUGCUAGAUGGACGCAUUGGGAUGGAGACGUGGUGUGCACAGCAAAAGGCUUGCGUUGGCAAUCUGGUGAUCAGCACACGUCCCCCUUCCUCUCUCCCCUCCGGCUGUUCUGCGCUGCACUGGCAACAGUGAAGCCGGAGACAACCAGCUACUCAGCAAGGGGACGGGGAGUCUCGAGAGCCGACGCCGGGCAUCCAGACAGCCCUCCCCGCUCCAUCUCCGCGCCAGAGCCCCCUGGACCUCCCUGGGCUCCCCAGGCUAUAUGCACCAGCCGGAGGGCGAGCAGUUCCCAUGGAGGUGCCCAGGAGCUGCCACUGAGCGGUGUCAUGCUCCAAGGGGCACGAAGAGGCAGCAGGUGCAGUUGCAAUAGGGAGUGGAGCUAGCGACGUUGCCCAGCCCGCAGCACAGGCGUCUCGCCCGGCGCCCAGCUUCGCCCCGUCCUUUCCCGAGCCCGAGCGAGACAGCGCAGCGCCAUGGCCACGCUAAUCCGGAGCAAGAUUUCCAACGUCGCCACCUCGGUUUCCAACAAGUCCCAGGCGAAGGUGAGCGGCAUGUUCGCGAGGAUGGGCUUCCAGGCGGCCACCGACGAAGAGGCGGUUGGGUUUGCUCACUGCGAUGACCUGGACCUGGAGCACAGGCAGGGGCUGCAAAUGGACAUCUUGAAGUCUGACGCCAGUGAAGAGGGAGCCGAGCCCCCCGUGGAAGGGGACAUCCACUACCAGCGGGACGGCACCGGGCCCCUGCCCCCGUCCGCCUCCAAGGAUGAGGGCGUGUGCUCGGAGCUCUCCGGACAAGGCAAGCCCAAGAUCACGGCCUGGGAAGCGGGCUGGAACGUCACCAAUGCCAUCCAGGGGAUGUUUGUUCUUGGCCUGCCCUAUGCUAUCCUUCAUGGUGGAUACCUAGGACUCUUUUUAAUUAUUUUCGCUGCAGUGGUUUGCUGCUACACUGGGAAAAUCCUUAUUGGCUGUCUUUACGAGGAGAACGAAGAUGGGGAGAUAGUCAGGGUGAGAGACUCCUACGUGGACAUCGCCAACGCUUGCUGCGCUCCCAGGUUUCCCAAGCUUGGAGGGAGGAUUGUGAACGUGGCUCAGAUCAUUGAGCUGGUCAUGACCUGCAUUCUCUAUGUGGUGGUCAGUGGAAACCUGAUGUACAACAGCUUCCCAAACUUGCCUGUCUCCCAGAAAUCUUGGUCCAUCAUUGCCACAGCAGUGCUCCUGCCUUGUGCUUUCUUGAAGAACCUCAAGGCUGUCUCGAAGUUCAGCUUGCUCUGCACCUUGGCCCACUUUGUUAUCAACGUUUUAGUGAUUGCCUACUGUCUCUCCAGAGCGCGUGACUGGGCUUGGGACAAAGUCAAAUUUUACAUUGAUGUGAAGAAGUUUCCCAUCUCCAUUGGCAUAAUCGUCUUUAGCUACACCUCCCAAAUUUUUCUGCCUUCCUUAGAGGGGAAUAUGCAGAAUCCUAAGGAGUUUCAUUGCAUGAUGAACUGGACUCACAUAGCAGCUUGCAUCCUCAAGGGACUCUUUGCCUUGGUAGCCUAUCUGACCUGGGCUGAUGAGACUAAAGAAGUCAUCACAGACAACUUGCCAUCCACCAUUAGGGCAGUAGUUAACAUUUUCUUGGUGGCCAAAGCCUUGCUUUCCUACCCCUUGCCCUUCUUUGCCGCUGUGGAAGUGCUGGAGAGAUCCCUUUUCCAAGAUGGAAACAGGGCAUUCUUUCCCAACUGUUAUGGGGGUGAUGGGAGGCUCAAGUCUUGGGGACUCACCCUCAGAUGUGGUCUGGUAGUUUUCACCUUGCUAAUGGCUAUCUAUGUCCCUCACUUUGCCCUCCUGAUGGGUCUUACUGGGAGCCUCACAGGUGCAGGUCUCUGUUUCCUGCUCCCAAGUCUCUUCCACCUCAAACUCUUGUGGAGGAAGCUUUUGUGGCACCAUGUCUUUUUUGAUGUCGCUAUUUUCGUUAUAGGUGGUAUCUGCAGCGUGUCUGGGUUCAUCCAUUCUUUAGAAGGUCUCAUAGAGGCUUUUAGAAACAAUUCUGAGGAGUAAAGAAUGGUCGGAGCUGGUUGCUUUAAAAAGAGAAUUAUGUUGAACAUCCACAUAGCCAAAUAAUUAUGCAUCCUUUUAAAGAAAAGAUUCAUUAUUUUAGUUACAUGCAUCCAACAAAUUAUAUGUCAUAGAAACUAAAAAGAGGCUAAAAAGAAGCUAAGAAAAUAAUAAAAUAAAGUAUUUCCCCUACAGUCUUUUUAAUAAGCUAAGAUUUAAAUAUAUUUUUUCUUAUUUAGCAAUUUUGAAGGAAAAUAUCUGAGGCCCUCUACCCCCUAAAACAAUAGUCCUCCCUCUCUCUCUAUAUAUGUAUCUUUUAUGAUAGUAAAAUACCCUAUUUGGAAACAAUCACGAUUCUGAAUAUUUUUGCAAAUACUAUGCCAUUCAGUGUUUCAGGAGCUGAAACACAGCUGCCAAUCCAAUGGAUUUGGGUUAUUGUGCUUAAAAUUAGAAGCAAAUAAUUAAGUAGUGGGGAGGGGGGUAUAGUGAGGUUCCCUUAUUAUAUGCAAUGUGAGGCAUGGCUGCAGACAAGCGUUAGGUUGUACAACAGCCCAGCAAGCCAAAGCGGUAACAACGGCUGGUACCGAGGACCCCAGCGCCCGUACCGUUUACACGGUAGCGAUAGCAUAGAGCAGGACUGCUUCAUUCUUCCACCCCAACGCACAGCCGGUAAGAGCUUCCCUUCCACUUAGACCGCUCGCCUCCAGCUGAAGCCACAGACUCGGAGUUCAGUUUUCGGGCUUUCUUUUUUGUUUUGUUUUCUAAUCAUAAUUUCUAAAUUAAAAAAAAAAGUGUGUUGGAUUUGAAAGUGUUCGGGCUACAGAAACAAAGCAAGACACAACUCAUUCUGUGCAAUCUACCAGAUCUGUGGAGCUGUUUCAAAUGUCUGUGUGGUGUACUUGUGGUAAAUCAGAUGAAAAAUGUAUAUCAGAAAAUCUAUCUUUAACAUAUAACGUGGUACAUAAAUAUAUCAAACAAUAAAGAGAAACCAUAAUGAA